AACUGUCACAUUCACAACUUGAAAUUUUUGUGGAAAUUCGGAGAGGACGACGCUUUAAUUAUUAUUCUUUCGUCUAUAAACAUAAGCGGCUCAUUUUUAUUUAUUUGUUUAUUUUAUUAGUCAUCAAAAAUUGCUUCCACAAUGACAGUCACGCGGGUUGCGGAAUCCCGCACCGAAUUUAAAUUAAAGACAUUACCCGAAGACGCUAUUUCAAGCGUUAAGUUUGCACCAAAAUCUAAUCAAUUUCUUCUAGUUUCAUCUUGGGAUUGUUCAGUGAGGUUAUAUGAUGUCACCGCCAACGUUGAACGCCACAAAUACAGCCAUGAACUCCCGGUUCUGGACAUUUGUUUUCGAGAUGCAGUCCACUCCUAUAGUGGAGGGUUGGAUCAAACACUCAAGAUGUACGACCUGAACGCCGGGGCUGAGACCAUGCUUGGGGAACAUAAAGGUGCAAUCCGGUGCGUGGAAUUCGCCAAUGAAGUUAAUGCAGUAUUGACUGGCAGCUGGGAUGGUACCGUCAAGAUGUGGGACAGCCGUGUACCUAACUGUGUUGGCACCUACAACCAAGGCAAUGAGAGGGUUUACACAAUGAGCAUUGUUGGUGAAAAGUUUGUAGUUGGCACAUCAGGACGUAAAAUCUUUGUGUGGGAUGUCCGAAACAUGGGGCAUGUGAACCAACGGAGGGAGUCAUCUCUGAAGUAUCAAACCCGUUGCAUCCGAGUGUUCCCCAAUAAACAAGGCUAUGUGCUGAGCUCCAUCGAGGGAAGAGUGGCCGUGGAGUACUUGGACAGUAACCCUGAGGUUCAGAAAAAGAAGUACGCAUUUAAGUGCCACCGAAUCAAAGAUGCAGGUCUAGAAAAAAUCUACCCAGUCAAUGCAAUAAGCUUCCAUUCGGUCUACAAUACAUUUGCCACAGGUGGAUCCGAUGGUUAUGUCAACAUCUGGGAUGGGUUCAACAAGAAACGUCUCUGUCAAUUCCACCGUUACAACACCGCCGUGUCUUCCCUUAGCUUCUCUCAUGAUGGGUCCGCUUUAGCCAUAGCGUGUUCCCAGUUGGAUGAAACUCAGCUUGAGGAGCCUAAACCUGAGGAUACAAUCUACAUCAGAUAUGUCACAGACCAAGAAACCAAACCUAAAUAAUUGAAAAUGACCUGAACUUACAGUUUUAAGUGAUGCUGUGUUUGUAAUUAGUUCUAGGUGUAAACUAAGCAACUUGAUCUGUCCAUGGAAAUCAGUUUAAUGUUUUCAUGAAUUGCGGUCGUUAAUUAUUAGUUUGUAUUUCUAUUUUUAAGUUACCUCUUAAUUUAAUAAAGUCUUAAUACUUUUUAA